UGCUACCUUUUUUCACUCCACUAAACCCCCCACUAUCUAUCUCCAUACCUUAAAUAUUCCAUUAACCAAACACAUAAACUCUCUUCUACCAUUUCAUGUUUGUACACAACAAAGAAAGAAAGCAAAAAUGAAACAGAUAAGCAUCCUUAUUUUGUUCACCAUCUUGCUAACAGUUACUACCUCUGUGUCCUCUCGCAGAUCCACAUCAACAACUAAACCUUCACCAUCUGCUGACAACAACAACAAUAACAAAGAUGGUGUUGGUGGUGGCAAUGACUAUGGUGGCUCCUUUGGAUUUGGACCAGGAGGAGGUUUUAGCAUACCAGGUUUUGACAACAACAUCAUAGGAGGAGGGGGAAAUUAUGCAGGUGGAUAUGGAGGUGGAUAUGGUGGUCCAAACGGAGGGCACUCUACAAAUGGUGUAAUUAGGCCAACUGUUGUCUGCAAAGACAGAGGCCCUUGUUACCAGAAGAAGGUCACCUGUCCAGCAAGGUGUUUUACUUCCUUCAGUCGCUCCGGCAAGGGCUACGGUGGUGGCGGUGGAGGUGGUGGCUGCACCAUUGAUUGCAAAAAGAAAUGUACUGCUUCUUGUUGAGGGAAGCUACAUAUAUUGUGUGUUUAAGUUUUAACUUAUGAUCAUCUCCAACACCCUUUUACUAUUAGAUAAAUAAAUAUAUAUCUACUACUAUUGUAUAUGGGUUGAUCUGAGUUGGAACUUGCUUUUCAUUAUAUAUAUGGUUUUGUAAUGUUUAUAUCUAUGUAGUUUAAUAAAGUAUGGUAUACUGCAGUAUUGCUGAGAAGAGUCUGAUUCUGGACUGUUAUUUUUUUCACUCAUGAAAAAAGUUAGUAUGAUAUCUAUGUAUAUCUUGAGUUGUAUUUUGGCAGAGGGAGAUUUAGUUUGUACUACUUUAGCCA